GAUAAAAGAAGCAUAGUUUUGGCUCUGAGGCGUCAUCCUCAUCCAACAAAGUCCCACCCACAACACUAUCUGAUGAGUAACGUGUCACAAUUAACAGCUUAUAAACACAGAAUAAUCUGAAUCUGCAAAGUAGCUAAAUGUGUCAACAAAAAUGUACUGAGGAGGAAGAAUAAAGUAGGAGAAAAUGGAAAUACUCAAGUAAAGUACUUGAAAAUUGUACUUGAAGAACAGUACAUGAUUAAAUUGUACUUUAUACAAUCGCUGGUUUUGACACAGAUUUGUAUUUUUACUGCAAAUGAAUAUCGGUCCCAAAUACUGGCUUUCGGUCUCCUUGACUUCUAGUAACUGAUGUGGAUUCUGAAAUAGCCAUAUGGGAAACCUCUAGAAUGAAAUACUCCGUUAGACUUGCAUGGCAUGAGGCCUAUAUUAAGAGAUUUGUAUGUGCACAUCAUUCUGCUUUUAAGAAAAAGAAGAGUGUGAAAAUCAAGUCUCUUCCUCGAUGAAAACUGAUGCAAUACAACUAGCCGACAUUCAUUCUCACAUUUGCUUCCACUUCAUGGUCACUUUUGAGACUCGACACCUAAACAUUAAAACAACUGACUAUAUCUUUCAUUUGAGUGUGACCUCACUUAUUUUAACCUAAACAAUUUAAAAUCUUAACCCCUAAAGAGGUGACUGGUUGUCCAAAUCAUAACCCAGCCCCAUCCAAGGGAGAAGGGCAGGGAACAACAGGAAGCACUAGUCAGAGGUGAAAACAGACUUCGACGCAGGGCAUGUUUGAAAACUCCAGGCUGCACUCGCCACAGGAGGUAUCGAAGUAACCGUGUUUUCAGCAACAUCCAAGACCACGAUACUCAGAUGGACCAGAGUCUCUGGAGCCAGCUCGUACAAAAUCACAGUCGCCCCCUCAAGCUCACCAAACAACCACAUUUCUUACGUCACAUUUGGUCCAAACACGGUGUUGGGCUCCGUCAACUCUCUGUCCCCAAACAUCAUGUAUAGAUUCACAAUUGAAGCUCUGGACAAUUCCCAAGUGGCACUGAGCACCGCAGUUUUGGACGCGACCACAGCCCCUGAGAGGAUGGAUCCCAUCCAGAUAGUGAAGCCAAAGGACAGCAGGACUUUGAUCGUGGAGUUCAACUUGAAGGCCGGGGCGACUAGCUACACUGUGCGAGUCGAGAACGCCAAUGGCUUCUUCAGAGAAGACACCGUGUCCUCCUCCCCUGCUGAGAUUAAGUCCCUCACACCAUACACUGAAUACAUGCUCAGCGUCAUGGCUGUGAACAGUGGGGGCAGCAGCCAGCCAUCUUCUCCUGUGAUGGCAAAGACAGUUUUGCCUCCUCCACAGUUCUCUGCCACCUCCUCCCCCAGCAAUGACAGCAUCAUUGUGUCCUGGGAUCCUGUUGCUUACGCUGUGCAGUACACCCUGUCCAUAUACAAGCUGGGCUCAAACACCACCAUCAAGCACAACACCACCAACACCAAUCUAACCAUCACUGGCCUGGACGCUGGCUCACUCUACAACAUCAAGAGUUAUGCCUGGGACCCCGAGGGCCGACAGGGGGAUCGCAGUUUGUGCAUCAACCAAACGACACGACCUCCAACACCGUCUUCUGUCAGUGUCUCUAUGGUGAUGAAUAACACCGUGGCUGGACUCUCUGUGUCCUGGCAACUUGAUCAGGGGGUCUAUGGAUCCAUACGUUACCAUGUGAUGAGUGAUCACAACCUCACGUGUAACUCCACAUCCACCUCCUGCACCUUGUCACCAGUCGGCUGUGGAGAGGUUCACAAGGUCCAGGUCACCGCACGCAACGAGGCCGGGCCCAGUUACCCAUCGAGCCCUGUGGUGUUCGUUACCUACCCCUGCCCACCACAGUCUUUGGCCCUCGUUGAGUCACCAGAAGGAAACUGCACGCUGACGUGGAGCACGGUGCCUCAUGCAGACAGCUACUCAGCCUUCAUCAAGAGGGGUGACGGCAGCGAGGCGAUGUGCAACACCACCGGCAGCAAUUGCACCUACCACUGCGAGUGUGGCUACACAUACCUGAUGUAUGUUUAUGCCUUCAACCAGGCUGGCAGCAGUCCUCAAGGACAGGUUCUGAACCAUACCACCUUGCCCUGUUGUCCAGAGGCUGUGUCUGUUUCUCUGGUAAGCACUGACACUUUGGAGAUCAAGUGGAUGGCCUCUCGGGGGGCGGAGCUGUACGAGACUCGAGCUGCGGACGGGUCGCAGGUCAUCCUGUGUAAUGACACGGCACCGGUGUGCGCCCUCUCUGACCUCAACUGUGACAGUCCCUACAGCGUAGUGGUGAUACCCUGCAAUGAUAUCAGUGGAUGCAAUCGUGCAUGCAGAGCUCACACCAAAGACACCGCUCCCUGCAUGCCGACGAAUCUGAUGCUGAAUCAGAAGAACUCUUCCUGCGUCAGCGUCAGCUGGACAGCCAACAACAGGGCCGCAACUUACACAGUGAGUGCGACGGGAGAUGGCGGCGAACACAACUGCACCACCAGUGGAAACACCUGCGACAUCACUGACCUUCCCUGUGGCUCCACCUACGAGGUCAGUGUCACAGCAACGAGCGCCGCGGGCCAGAGUUUACCCAGCUUCUCCGACUCUCUGGAAACAGAGCCCUGCUGCCCGGCGAGUCUAACAGUGGACCAGGUGACCCAGGCGAUGACCAACGUCUCAUGGUCUCACGCCAAAGGAGCCCAUUCGUUCAUCACUUCUCUGACAUCAUCACGCGGUCACGCCCGUUGCCACACCAAGGACUCCCACUGCCUCAUGGGAUGCAUCACCUGUGGGACCAACUACACCGUCACCAUGGAGGCGUUCAGCCACAGCGGGCGAAGGUCCAACUGCACCUACCAGGGCUUCUCGUCCAGUGUGUGCUGUCCAUCAGGUGUCCGGCUCUACAGGUUGCACAGUAACUCUUUGAGGGUGUACUGGCGCGCCGCUGGCAGCAGCCACAGCUACAUCACAGAGAUGAGGGCCAGCAGCAACAACUACACCUGCACCGCGUCUCCCGGGGAGAACAGCUGUGACGUCAGCAACGUCCAGUGUGGAGACGUCUACAAUGUAAUGGUGUCGCCGCUCACACCAGAGGGCAGCAAAGUCCUGUUCUGCCCCCAGAGGUUGUACUCAGUCACUUGCGCAGGAAAUGAAGUUGGCACAGUGAUUUUCAGAGGGAAGAGGAGUGUGGACUAGCAUUGGCCUCCUCCCGACAGAUACAACAAAUGCUUCCAUCUUCUUCAUCUUCCCCUUCCUCCUGCCCUACUCGAAUGAAGCAAUGCUCAAAGCUAAAUGGAAGAGCAACUAUAAACCAGAAAUAAACAUGCCAUGAAACCUUGUUAAUAACAAGAUGAGUGAUAUGAUAUAAAUCAAAAAAUGAGAUGUUGUUCAGCAUUGUUAACCUGCAUCUGAAUAAAGUUUGUGUGCCAUAAUCAAGCAAACUGUGCCCUCAACAAUCAGAUCAAGCACUUAAAUAUGGCGAAAACAUGGCAAGCGAACAACAAGUGCACAUUUUGUGUGUGGUAUGGAUCCAGUAAAUAUUAUGAAGUGAUAAUGAUGAAACAGUUGAUCCAUGAACAAAACAAAUCUGGACUGAAAUGCUGUUCCGAGACAGUUGUCUAAUUUGGAUCAUCGCAAAUUAUAUUUUCUCCCUGAGCUGUAACAUUGAAGAACUCCAAAUAAAGUAUCUGACUAGCAAAAUUGUAACAGUGCCCCAACAGAUGAUUUAAACAACUGAUGGAACUUGUCGCCCCCUUUCAUUUUGAUAAUUAUUCAUUGGAGAGUUGACCAAAUUGAAAUAUUAUGUGUAGCUCUGUCCCCAAGUAUGAAGCCUCCUGAUGAUGAGUUGUGUCACAGACGCUGAUCACGUGUCAUCAUGCUGCUGCUCGUUCACAGGACGUUUGGAAUAUGUGUCGCUGUGGUUGUGAGGACCAGAUGCAUACUUCAGUUAAUAAAGAAUUCCCAGCAUCA